AUAAACUACUCCAUCUCAAUGCAGUGAUAUAAUCUCUUUGUUCUGGCACGACAUGCCAGACACAGUACUGCCUGUCAUUAAGGAGCUCAUGGCUAGUGGCAUUAGCGUUUGGAUCUACAGUGGAGAUACAGAUGGACGAGUUCCAGUGACAACAACCAGAUAUUCGAUGAGCAAACUUGGCACACCAGUUAAGACGCCAUGGUACCCCUGGUACUAUGAGGGCGAGGUUGGAGGGUAUGCGGUUGAGUACCAGAACGUGACAUUUGUGACAAUAAGAGGAGCAGGACAUUUUGUUCCGAGCUACCAGCCUGAACGUGCGCUUGCUUUCUUCAUGUCCUUCUUGGAGGGAAAGCUUCCUCCGGGCCAGAACUAAAUUGAUGCGGUGCAAGAUAAAUGUGAAGGAAAUGCUCGACUUCGUUUGCUAGUUAACAACCCUCUAGUGAAAUGCUAUUCUCACUUGAAUGAGACUUCAAGGCCAUUUUCCUUGACCUGGACAAUAAAAGAACCAAAACAUAGUGAAGAGAAUCUUAUGCCCACAAUUGGUUAUGUUAAUUCAUCCACAUAUUUGUACUCUUUGAAUAGCAAAAUAAUUGCUAACAGAUGAAGUGUUUUCUGAUUUUUACAUUAGUCGUCAGGCAAGUAGAAAUUGCUGAUGGACAGAAUGUCUAAAAGAAUGGGACUUUCUGCGUAAACUAGAUGACUACCAUGUUCUUAGUUUCAACUUCAGCAAAGUUUUACAGGAUAACCUAUAUGUUGAUCUUCCUAACACGUCCAUCGACUAAGGUUGAGUGUCAUGUUUAUCAAGAAGGAGAUCUCUGGAUCUUGUCAAUCCUGUGGUAUGGCA